AUGCCAGCGAAUACAGAAAAUCCACCAUACUCGGAAUUAGUCGAGAAAACAAAAGAAAUUUUUGAUAAACGCAAAUUAGAAAAAUCAGUGUCGAAUCAUUCUUCUGCACCUCCUUCUACGGAACUUUCUGAUGCUGAGGAUUACAAGUCUGAUCGAUUGGUGUUAAAUCGAUUUAUAUUAUACGAAACAAAAACGAAUUAUUAUAUAGUAGGAUCAAACCAAAGUGACAAUCGGUUUCGUAUUUUAAAGAUUGAUCGAACGACGCCUACUGAAAUUAAUGUAAUUGAAGACGAUGUGAUAUAUUCGAAGCAAGAAAUAAAUGACAUUUUGACUCUUCUUGAAGAAGGUAAUAGAGUUUCUGGCGGACUUAAAAAUGUCUUAACAGCUUAUGGGAUUGUGGGAUUUGUUCAAUUUACUGAUGGUUAUUAUAUCUCACUGAUAACAAAAAGAAGCGCUGUUGCCUUGAUUGGCGGCCAUUAUAUAUAUCAUAUUGACGAGACUAUUCUUCGUCCAAUUGGACAGCAGACAAAACCUGAAAAAAAUUCUGAUGAAUACAACUACACUUAUGAUAUUACUCAUACACUUCAGCAUAACAUGACUCGUCCAUCAAAUCGUAAAAAUUUUUCAUAUAAUGAAAUGUUUGUUUGGAAUCACUAUUUAUUGGAAACUGGAUUUCGAAGUUUUAAGAGCAAUUCUGAUUGGAUUUUACCGAUAAUUCACGGCUUUGUGGAUCAAUCAAGUAUACAUGCUUUAAUUACAAAAUAUAAUCGUUUAAAAAGUAAAAGUAAUAUUAAAGCUUACUAUUUUUUAGAAAUUUCAAUAUUUGGACGGAACGUCUUUGUGACAUUGAUUGCUCGAAGAUCAAGAUACUUUGCUGGUGCACGUUUUUUAAAACGUGGCGUCAAUGAUCAAGGUUAUGUUGCAAAUGAUGUGGAAACUGAACAGAUAGUAGCGGAUAUGAGCACAACUUCGUUUCACCGAUCUGGGACUCGUCUUUAUGAUAAUCCAAAUUAUACAUCUUACGUGCAACAUCGUGGAUCUAUACCCUUAUUUUGGUCUCAGGAUGUGACAAACAUGUCGCCAAAGCCGCCUAUAUCAAUUAACUUCCGAGAUCCAUUCUACGCUGCUGCAGGGUUGCAUUUUGAUAAUAUGUUCAAACGUUAUGGCGCACCCAUAAUUGUUCUGAAUUUGAUUAAGACAAAAGAAAAAAAUCCUCGUGAGUCUAUUUUGGGAGAUGAAUUUGCAGAUGCCAUGAAAUACUUGAUUCAAUUUUUACCAGAAAAGAGUCUCAUAUAUCAACCUUGGGAUAUGUCAAAGGCCAGAAAAAGUGAUGAAGACGUCUUUGAUAUUAUGGAAGGAUUCGCAGAAAAAUACUUAGUCGAUACCGGAUUCUUUCAUAGUGGUCCUGAAGCAUGGGUUAAUGUUUUGAAUAGAGAACAGACCCAAGGGAAACCACAAAAACGUCAGAUGUUUAGGCGACAAAGUGGUGUUCUACAUGCACUUGGAAUAAUCGACAAACCCUGGGUUCCUGUUGAUUCUGAUGUAAUGAAUAUGCUCACUGACAUGUACCACGAUCAUGGUGAUACUAUUGCUUUCCAAUAUGGUGGCUCGAAUUUAGUCAACACUCUCGAUUCUUAUCGGAGAAAAAAUCAAUUCUCCAACCAAUCUAGAGAUUUGAUAGAAAAUUUGAGAAGAUAUUAUAGUAACGCUCUUUGUGACGGUGAAAAGCAGGAUUCGAUUAAUCUUUUCCUCGGAAACUUCCGACCAGAAAAAGAUAAGCCAAUGUUAUGGGAACUUACAAGCGAUUAUUAUUUACAUAAUGAAGAUCCUCGUUUUAAAAAGCCACGGAGAAGUAAGGAUUUUCUACAAAAAAAUGAUCAACAGCAGGAUACUGCAAGAUAUCAACUUUCUCCUCGCACAGCUCGUCAGUUUGAAGACGACGAAGCGGAUCCAUACUCCGGCUACUGGAUUGAAUAUUAUCGUCCACGACUUUUCACGUCAUUUGAAAAAUUAUUUGCGUAUGACAUGAAAACUACUACGAAAUAUAUUCCAUUAGGUGUGGAUGAAAGUCCGUUCAAAGUUCGGGUAACACCUCUACAAGCUUCUCGUUUGAUGAACGUUGGAAAUGUCAAAAAAUGGUUUGCUGCUUCAUUGCCAAACACAAAGUCUAAAGAGAGUUUAAGCCCUUCAGUUUCUUCGAAUGAAGCAAAAGAAUACAAACAAUACAUAAACCAAAACAAAAAUCUAGUUCUAACACCAACGCUAACUGAUAAUAAUGAUCCCGCAUUGACCAGUCAUUCUGACUACCACGUUUACAAUGCUUACAUGCGACGUGCUAAUUUGACGAAUCCACUAACAGAUAUAAAAGUACCUUUAACGGAUGAAAGAGUAUAUGAAGAAAAUUUAGUUAUACCAAAACAAUAUGCUGUAUUACAAGCUGUAGGAUCGGAUCAAUAUACAAAUAGUGUGGCAAAGAGUAGAUAUCAGGCUUACGAGACAUGGUUAAAAACUGGAAAGUUGGUUGGAACUAACAAUGUCGUAAAUACAAAAUCGAAGAAUAAUGGAGGAAAUGGGAAGGGAAAUAUUUCUAAAAAAGAAAAAGAGAUUUACAAAGAUUACAAAGAAAAAAUGAAGGAAAAACUAAUUAAGGAAUGA